GGAUUCGCCGGCCAGUACUGCGAGCAGCGGGGCUGCUGACGGGCCUCGUCCAAGUGGUCCCGGUCCAAUCGUCGGACGAGCAGCGCAACCGAUCGACACCCAGGGCACUCAGCGGAUCCGGAGCCGAGAUGGGCCGCGGGCGCGGAGCCUCGGGCGCCAAGCCCGGCAGGAGGGCCCCCCGCUGCCCGGACGGGGUCUGCUGCCCGAGCAGCGACAGCGACUGCGACUCCGCCUGCUCGGAUUCCGACUGCAGCGAGUGCUGCGGGCGCACGGCGCGCUCGCGGCGCGUCGCGGCUCGCCGUCCCCGAGCCGGCUCCAAGCCCAAAUCCAAGCCCAAGGCCGGCGCCGGCAAGGCGCGCAAGCCCAAGAAGAAGGCCAGGAAGAAGGCUGCCCGCGACAGCUCGACCAGCUGCAGCUGCAGCGACUGCGCGGACUCCGACAGCAGCGACGACUCCUACAACUGCCGCCCGGUCCGCGCCGGCCGCAAGUGCUCCACCUGCUGAGCCGCCCCGGCGCGCCCCGGCUGUCCGCCCCGAUGCCUCGUGCUUUUACUCAUCGUCGACUCUGCCUGGUGUCUUUCGCCGACUGCGCGCAUGUGUCGGUCGGGCGAUUUGUUUGUUUUUAUCCAAGUUCUCAUGUACAUCGAUUGAUCCACCAAUAAUAAUAAUAAUAAAAGUUUGUCUCGAGCAAAGCCCGGCUGGCGAGUGGCUGU